AACUAUAUCACUUCACAAUCUGCGAACGGAGCAGCAAUGUGGCUGUUUGGCAUCUUCCUGCUCUGCGGUGUUUCGGCAAUGCCGAAUCGCUUUAGGGAAGAUAUCAUCUUUAACGUCACGAAGUUGCAGCUGGACAGGUCAGCUUUACGUGAAGAAGAAAUCAAACGCGCAAACUUUCAGGAAUACUUCGAACUUUUUGACGAGCCCGAGCCGCUCGAUUUUCACGAGACCAACCCUGUCCUGACGCCGUACGGCCGCCUGGUGGAGGGCGACCUCCUGAGGUCACCGGAGGAGGACCGCAAGGGCGUGACCUCCGGGGAGCUCUGGACGGACCGGCGCUACAACUACGAGAUCACCAACGACGCCAGUCGCGCCGCCAUCGAGGCCGGCAUCAAGUUCUGGCGAGACCACAGCUGCGUCCAGUUCCAGGAGGUGUCCAGCGGCAGCUCCGAGCCCCGGGUGCUCUUCGUGGCCGAGUCCGGCUGCUGGUCCAUGCUCGGCUGCACGGCCAAGCACGCCUCCUCACGAACACAGAAGCUGAGUCUCGGCUCUGGCUGCACCGGCUUCGGCACCGUCACCCACGAGAUCGGCCACUCGCUCGGCUUCUACCACGAACAGUCACGCUCCGACCGCGACGAGCACGUCACCAUCAUGUGGGACAACGUCAACGAGGCGUACAAGCACAACUUCAAGAAGGUGGACACCACCCAGAACCACGGCGUGCCGUACGACCUCGGCUCCGUCAUGCACUACGGCUCGACGUACUUCUCCUCCAACGGCGGGCCCACCAUCCUGACCCGGAACCCGACGCUGCAGGGUCUGAUCGGACAGCGCGACAAGCCCUCCUUCCGUGACGUGGCGCUCAUGAACCGGCUGUACCGCUGCGAGGAGCUGUGCAGCAGCCCACCGCCGUGUCACAACGGCGGCUACGUGUCGGCCGACUGCGUGUGCCACUGCCCGCCGGGCACGAGCGGCUCGGCGUGCGAGACGGUGCGUGGCAGCUACUACCCGGCGCCGAGCUGCGGCGGCGAGAUCAGCUCCGAGGGCACCGUGAGCAGCCCCGGCUGGCCGGCGCUGUACCCGACCGGUGCCGACUGCUCGUGGUGGGUGCGGCCGCCGACCGGCCGCCGGGCGCGCGUCACCUUCACCACCUUCUCCAUCAUGCAGCAGGUGAACGGCUCCUGCAAGUACGAGUACCUCUCGGUACGGCUGGGCGGAGUGCUCGACGGCGGAGAGAUGUACUGCAGCAAACAGCUGACGGGCAAGCAGCUGACGUCCACCAGCCCCGACGGAGACCUGGUGCUGCGCUUCAAAUCCUACAAGAAGUACUUCAUGGGAUCCGGCUUCGUUGCGACUGUCCAGUUUGUGUAGACAAGUGAAACGGACAGCCCAGACGACGACAUAAAUGACCUCGGCAAUGUGACUAUCAUGGGGCUACCUACGCUUGAGUUGUGCUUUAUUACUUGCUUUAUGCCGUUGCAAUGUGGUUGUGUUAACGCAAUUACUUAUACGAUGUUAAAUAAAUGGUCAUAUUUACGCC